AUGCUCCAGCACUCUCUGGUGCCACGUCCGCUCGUUACCUCUCUGGGUCGUCGUUCUCGUCGUCCUCCUUUUCGGCGUAAUCCGCCAGCUCGUCCUCCCUUCCCGACGGCCAGCCGCUGCCGUCGCGGACAAGAAAAGAACGCCCUCUCCGCGACCCCGAGUGAAGUCCACUUCCUAGAAGGGGUGUGA